AGAGAUACAAGGAAUUUCUCCGAUGAAUCACUUGAACCCUCAGGCUCGGGCAACCUCUGAUGACAGCGAUUACCUCCAACCUGCUUUGAGUUCUCCGCCACCGAUUUUUUGGUUACUGAUGACGAGGAACCCGCAAGGGAGCCCUCUGAAAUUACCUCUUAUCCACCGCGGAACAAAGCAAAAGGAUGCUACUCCCAGACCCAGCAGCAGUGUUCAUCCUAGAGGGCAAGGAUGCUCUGAAGGGGAAGGGAAUGAUAAAUGGAAAUAUGAAGGCUUGGCACGUGGACCUUGGGAGCUGUUGAUUUGGACAUUAGCCUCAGGUUCUCCUCAGCAACAUGGGUGCUGGAAAAUCAAGCCUGGAAUUGCGCAUUGUCAAGGCCCAAUUUCUUGAAUUCCAGUACUACAUAAUAAAUGCAGUUUUCUGUUUCCUAAUGCGGGAUAUUUCAUGCAUGGGAACCAAAUGGUUUGAUUUUGAGCUGUGGAACUCGCAGUUUUAUAUUUUAACAUAUAUCAUAGUGUUUUUUGGCCAAGAUUAUAGUUGUAUGAGUGUUAAAUAUUUUUGCUUAAGACUUUGUAUCUAGCUAUAUAUUUUGCCUUAGCAAAUUUUAACCAUCUGCGGUUUUAUUUUAUCUGUUUGAUUUUUUUCUUUUUUUUUUGGCCAAACUAGAGGUUGAUCUUUAAAGUACUUAAAACUAGAAUGUAAAUAUAUUUAAGGUAUGUAC